UGGUCUCCACUGACGUAAUUUUUCUACCUAGCUGGCCUGGUGGCCGUUAUAUUAUGAUGAGCUAACGUAAAACAUAUCUCUAAUCUUAAAAAUCAGCUUAGUCACACAAUAUAAACGUGGUUUCUGAAUCAAAACCAAGUAAGCCCAUAAAUAACAUUGUCUAUUUUGUAGACAACUCAUAGUGCCAGGAAUGAAAUCAUGCUAUGGGGAAUACUCAGAAGGUUUUUUGUCCAAACCUUGGACAAGACAAACAAACCGGUCAAAAGGCAGGCUAAUGCCAAAGUCCAACAUAACAAACGGAAAGAGAAUCCUGCAAAAAUGCCUGCAGCAGCAGAGGUUGAGCUGGAGCCACCUCCCCCAGGGUUGGAGCUCCAACACCGGACUCUCUUCACCGGGGAUGCCCUGACCUUCCUGGCUGAGCUGACCUCUGCUUUCCAGUAUGACGUCGACAAGAUCUUAAAACUUAGAACCCUCCGGAAAGCACAGUUGGACCUGACUGGAGAUCUCCCUGGGUUCAGUGCGGCUACAGCCCACAUCCGGGAUGACCCAGACUGGAGGGUCAGCCCGGUUCCAGCCAGACUGCGGUGCAGGCAUGUGGACAUCGGUGACCUCGCACCCUGUGACACGGAUCGCUUCCUCCAGGCUCUGCGGUCCCCUGCCCAGGGUGUUCAGGUCGAUUUUGAUGAUGGCAAUUGUCCAACAUACUACAAUCAAAUUAAGGGGAUUUACAACGUAUACCAGGCUGUGCACCACCAGUUUAACAAUGCCCCAGCCAUAUCCCAUGCCCCAAUUCUGAUGCUCCGCCCUCGAGCUUGGAACAUGGUGGAGCAUUGCAUGAUGGUGAAUGGUAAGGAGGUUCCUGGCCCACUGUUUGACUUUGGUCUGCUGAUGUUCCAUAAUGGAAGCCUGCUGUUUCAGAAUCAGAGCGGUCCGUUUUUCUACCUAUCCAAAGUCGAGAGCUAUUUGGAGGCAAGGCUAUGGAAUGAGAUAUUUACCUGGACUGAACAUAAGCUUGGCCUUCCCGUGGGCAGUGUCAAAGCCACAGUGCUGAUAGAGAGUGUGCUGGCCUCCUUUGAGAUGGAGGAGAUCCUGUAUGAGCUCAGGGAGCACUCUGCCGGCCUCAACUGUGGCAUCUGGGAUUACUCGGCCUCGUUUGUCAACAAGUUUGGUCAAAGGCCCGAAUUUCUGCUCCCUGACCGUAGCAAGUAUGUAAACAUGGAGAAGCGCUUCCUGAGGAGUUACAUGGACCUGCUGGUCCAGACCUGCCAUCGUCGAGGCGCCCUGGCCACGGGGGGCAUGGCUGCCCUGCUGCUGCCCACUGACAAAGAUACCGCCCUCUAUGGCACAGUCCUCCAGACUGUCACCAGGUUGAAGUUACUUGAAAUAAAAGCUGGAGUUGAUGGCUUCAUGGUGUAUGACAUGGACUUGAUUAAACCAAUGCAAAAGCUGUUCCAGGCUCAUACUAAGGGAGAGAAUCAGUUGAAUGAGUUGCGAAGUGACCUCAAGGUGACCCCAGAAGAUCUCCUCAUCAUGCCAGCGGGGGGAGUGACUCUGUUUGGACUCAAGCACAACAUUGCAGUAGGAAUCCUAUUCAUUGAGGCCUGGCUGACUGGUCGGGGACACUUCUUUUACAAGGGCCAGGUGGAGGACUCGGCCACAGCCGAGAUCUCCAGAUCCCAGGUGUGGCAAUGGAUCCGCCACCAGGUGAAACUAGAGGAUGAUGGGACCACAGUGACACGUGCACUGGUGCAAAAUCUCAUCCGAGAGAUAAUGGGUCACUUAAAGGAGGCCAUCCACUGCAGGACAGUGAGCCCAUCCACUUGUGCACAGGGAUCAGCAAAGGCUGGACACGGCGGCCGCAAUGUUUCUGGAGGUGAUCCAGAAAAGCGAUUUCCCAGAGUUCCUCACCACAUACCUGAACCUGGACCACACCUUCCUGUCCUCCCAGAGCCUGCACCAGAGAGUGGACACGGAUGCAGGUGGGGCCCUGCAGUCCAAACUGUAGUUGCUGGACAGUGGCCAAGAUGCUUUUACUUCUGGUGAUUCAGAAUGUAGGGACUUGCCUCCUUCCACAGCUCACUUGGGUGAAUAAACACCAAGUGACAUAAAAUUGUCUCCAGUUUUAAAUAUAAUUUCUCUCCAGCCCUUUGAACUUCUUGAAGAGCAACUUGUUAUUGUCUAACAAAGGCUGCUGACCAAGAUUCUUUAGAUUGAUAUUUCCUACAAGCCUGAUGUAGCCAUAUAGCCUGAUGAGCCAGAACCACGUUAAAAUGUAAUUUGCUGCCGCUAGGGUGCGCCUAGAUUUCUAGGCUAGUAGCCAUACUCAGUUCUAUUCAGAAUGUGAAUUUCCUGACCUCAAAUUUUGUGGGCGGAUAUAAAUUCAGGCUGGCUUCCAGGCUCAUUUCCUACUACAAAAACAUAUUUCUUUGCCGGAAGGAGACAUCCAAUCCAUUGUUUGCCAGUGCUAGGAUACUAUUCAGUGACAAUGUGCAUUCACACCCUCCCAAACACGUACAAACUGAACUCAACAGCUUGUGAAACUCAAACUUCUGGUUCAAACAUGCCUUUGCAUUCCCAUUCCCUAAUGAGGUUAUAACUGCCCCCCUGGAAUGGACGUCCGGCUGAGAUUAUGCUUCAGAACUUGAUUAUGUCACACUGCAGAUUGUCUUGGUGGAAAUAAUUUUGUGUUUAACAUGUAAUGCAAUUUUCAAUC